AUGGUGGUGACGGGGCACACCUUCGCGGUGUUCGUCCUGAAAGUGGUUUGGUCUGCGGUUGCACCGUUGCUGCGGCGCGCCGCAGGAUCCUCAGGAUCAGAGCUGAAACCUGGCGAGGUUUCGUUGUACGAUCAUUGGGCGCGAGGUUGGCAUUGCUCUCCGGUGGCACCCAACUUAUUUGGCCUGGAGCAGGCACCCAAGGCUGAGAAACUCCUGAUGCUGCAGAACCGCAGCCAGGAGGCCGCGGGACGAGCAGCACUAUGUGAGUUUUUGCAGGCGAACCAUGUGCCUCUGGCCGACAGCGAUAGGAACCUCUGCACUUCGCAUGAGGCUGCCCCUGCACUAUCCUGGCGGAGCUGGGAAUUGCAGGAUCAGCUCGAGGAACCCGGCAAAGCCUACAUGUUGGAGUCCACCGGAAAAGGUCGAUGCCUUCCGGAACUAGGUUUUUGCGAAUGCUUCCCACCCUAUCGCGGAAGAUACUGCGAGAACGAACAGCCCGGCAAGAAGGAUGCACAAAGACCCUACAAAGCGGUGUUGCACUACCUGGUGGGCGAUCGCGAGAAGCUCCUUAGCGACUUCCAGAGAACUCUGCCCAUUUUGUGGCAGAGGUUCAAUGAGCGUGAAGACUACCCUGUGGUCGUUUUCCACGAUGGGUUGUCCAAAGCCAGCCGGCAGCGAAUCCUGGAGGCGUCUCCCAAUCGAAUUUGGUUUGCCUAUGUCGUGGGCUACAAGUCUGUCCCCGCAUAUUUGGCAGACCGCAUGGAACUCCAACUCGGUGGCUACGGUGUGGGCUACCGUGGCAUGUGCCGCUUUAGGUCAGGCCCCAUUUUCAUGCAGCCAGUCAUGCAGGGCUUCGACUAUGCCUGGACCUUAGACACCGACGGCUACUUCCCCGCUGACCUGGCCAGAGAUCCGGUCGAAAGGAUGUGGCGUGAAGACAAGGCGAGGAUUGAUUAA